UUCCAUUUAGUCAUUCACCAAACAAAUUUUAGAAAAACAAAAAUAGAAAAAAAAAAAACUCUCUCUAUCUCUCUGAUCUUGGCUUCUUCCAUCCCGCGCCUCCCAUGGCGAGGACAAAACACUUCACGAACAAGCUCCGCUAUCGUCCGAAGAAAAGACUUCGAUGGAACCAGCCUUCGCAGCAGCAAGCUGGUGAAGCGAGUACCUCGGGGACGCGAUCUCGCUCUAUCCAUCGAGGGAGACCGAGUGCGAGAGGUGGCGAACCAGAGGCGCCUCAAGUAGAAGAAGGAACUCCUGCGGACCAGACCCGCCGGGGCCGGAGGUUCCGGCCGGGGACCGUGGCUCUCCGUGAGAUCCGGAAGCUGCAGAGGACUUGGAAGCUGCUGAUCCCCUUCGCACCCUUCGUCAGACUUGUAAAGGAGAUUACUAGCUUCUAUUCAAGAGAUGUGUCUCGAUGGACAGCUGAAGCUCUGUUUGCAAUUCAAGAGGCCACAGAAUGUUAUAUACAUGGGUUAUUUGAAGAUGCAAAUCUAUGUGCAAUUCAUGCCAAACGUGUUACUCUUAAAUAAGCAAGCUCUUUCAGAAAAGCAGAAAGAUCGUAAUUGAGAAGGGGAACAAAUUACUCCAAUUUUGUCGAAUGGCAUUGCAUGGAGGAGUACAGAGUGAAGAAUGAAGCUCCAAUGACUGGAUGUAGAUCAACUGGAAGAAGGCUGAAGUGGCCUUGACAACGUCACCAUGAUCCUCAUGUGACCAAACAUGAUGCUCUAUCUUUCUUUAAACAGAUGCAUGUGUCCUAGCAGCUUAACCAACAAGCUUUGUUCCACUUUCAUCAGUUUGGCUGUCAUGAUCAAGGCAUGAUAUGUUAUAAAUUGGAGGCUUCUUUAUUAAGAUGCUGGAUUUCAGUAACUUUAGAAGUCUAUUUUGAGAAUCAAAAUUUUCAUGCAGUCCAUUUAGUAUUCUGUGAUUUGGAAGUCUCGUUGUCCUGCUAGUCGUAUUUAGAGUUGCCUCGAGGAUUUUCCAUGUGCGGUAUUUUAAGAAGCUUCAAUUUGUAUUUCAGGCUUGAUGAUUUAGUGGAAAUUAAAAUUAUUCUUUGCGAAUUAUGAAUAUCUCUCUGUUAUAUUUUCUAUUGUUUUCUGCCGCCCGAUCGUUCUUUACCAUCCUCUCCUGAAGCCUAAUCUGGCAAUUAUGCUAAAUUCAGUUCUUUCUCAUCUUAUGCCAUCUACAUUCUGCUUUUAUGGUCCCUGCAUGCUUCUUUUGUUCCCUAUGAUGCAUUGAUUUUCAUAAUCACCUUCUGUCACUAUAUUGCCUCCAUAUUUGGCUAAAUAAUGCCCAAACAUCACCAAAAUUUUUUAUUGGUUCAAGCUGUUCCACACCCUUCUUCAUGAUCUCCCCCUCACCAUAAAAGAAGUGAUGACACAUCUGCCCAAUGAUAAAAUGUGAUUAGGAGCUUUGAAAGCGUAAUUUAAAUAUGUAAAAUGUGGGUGGGGAGGAGGAUUCUUACCAUGCAUGGUGCAUGUUGAUGGAGUUCGUUCUUGUUUUUACCAGAGCAAGUUAAAUUUGAGCUCACUUAGCUGGUGGG